AUGGGUACCAUGUCUGUAUGUCCCUUGGGAAGUGUUAACUUCACUAUUUUUGGAGACCAGGCCGGUAGUGGCCCGUCGAUACUGUCGGGGCUGGCGCACAAUACUCCUUCGAGCCGUUUACAAACAGAAUUCGUCGACAGUGUGAGUGAGGCCUUGCGAACAUAUGUGAACCGAAUCCCUGCCCAGAGGCGAUGGCAGUUUCCCAAAUUUCGGAAUUUACGAGAUCUUGUCCGCAUCUACCUUGACAACAAUGGCGCAUGCCAUUCUGCUAUCGGCAGCGUAGUAGUAUGCGCUGCACAGCUUUUACAACUUUUCAGCGUUCUCGAACAAUAUCCCCAUUUCCUAGAAGAUGAUCAAAAUGGCUCGGUAGUUGGACUUUGUACGGGAGGCCUAGUUACAGCAGCAUACGCAGCCUCCUCCAACCUUGAAGACCUUCAGGCGUUGGCUGUGCCAACGGCAAUUCUUUGCUUUGAUGUUGGUAUGCAGGCGGACUUUGCAAGUUGCAUGGUUUAUGACCAGGGCGAAACGCCGGAGAGUUGGUCCAUGGUCAUCGCGGACCUCAGCGAGGCCGAGGCUAUUGCUCUUAUGGAGGAUUACGCCGGCAAAACCCAGGAUAAAGGCAAUCUUUGCAGCAUUUGUUUCCUCAGCGCCGUAACACCCAACGGAUGCAGAAUGGUCAUUUCGCCUAGUACGGGCGAGCUAUUGGGUUCAUUGAACGCGCUGGAACUCUUCCGCAUUGCGAUAAAUGACACUCUGUGUGCACCUCUCCGCCUUGAUCGGGUCAUCACGCAGUUUGUAUCUACUGUGGAAAAGAUGGACAUUGCAAACAUCCAAGUUACUUUGCUGCCACCCUCUGCCGCGUACGAUCGCACCGUCUCCAUGCUUGAGACGAUGACGCAUGUCAAGACUGCCAUUAGAAACUUGCCACCACCCCUGGAGCGAUCACGAAUUCCGGAAAAGCACGCGGCAUCGUCCUCAGUUCCGCUUGCAAUUGUGGGUAUGUCUGGGCGAUUCCCUGGGGCCGAGAGUGUGGAGGAAUUGUGGAGGGUGCUUGAGGCGGGCUUGGAUAUGCAUAAGACUAUUCCGCAUGACCGGUUCGACGUUAAGACCCACGUAGAUGCAACGGAACAGGCUAAAAACACUGCUUCAACACCUUACGGCUGCUUUCUUAACAAUCCAGGACACUUUGAUCCUCGGAUGUUCAAUAUGUCCCCGCGCGAGGCUAUGCAAACAGAUCCUAUGCAGCGCCUGGCGCUGGUAACGGCGUAUGAGGCCCUGGAGAUGGCCGGAUUUGUCCCGAACCGGACUGAGUCGACAAGGCUCAGCCGUGUGGGCACAUUCUAUGGCCAGACUAGCGACGAUUACCGAGACACGAACUCUGCACAAGACAUUGGCACUCAUUUCAUUACGGGGGGGAUCCGCGCCUUCGGUCCGGGCCGCAUAAACUACCAUUUUAAAUUUGGAGGUCCCAGCUACAGCAUAGACACUGCUUGUUCUUCUGGUCUUGCUGCCAUUCAGUUGGCAUGUUCCUCCCUGUGGAGCAGAGAGUGUGACACCGCCGUUGCAGGAGGCUUAAGCAUCCUCACCUCUCCUGAUCUUUACUCCGGAUUGAGCCGUGGGCAUUUUCUGUCCAAGUCCGGCCCCUGUAAGACAUUUGACAAUGAUGCAGACGGUUAUUGCCGAGCCGAUGGAAUCGGCACUGUGGUUAUUAAACGCCUUAAUGAUGCGCAACUGGAUCGCGACAAUGUCCUGGCGGUGAUUUUGGGCGCUGCGACAAACCAUUCUACCGAUUCAAUAAGCAUUACUCGGCCGCAUGCUGGGGCACAGGCCGCAUUGUAUGAUGAUAUCCUGCAUCGAACUAAUACAGACCCGCUCGACGUAUCAUAUGUUGAAAUGCAUGGUACGGGAACACAGGCAGGGGACGGUGUGGAAAUGACAUCGGUCUUGAAGGUUCUCGCACCGGAAAGGCUCUCCCAACAAAGAAAAAAGAACCCACUGUAUGUGGGGUCGCUCAAGGCAAAUAUUGGGCAUGGUGAAGCUUCGUCUGGAGUAUCAGCCUUGAUUAAAGCUAUCUUGAUGUUUGAGAAGGCAUGCAUUCCACCCCAUGUCGGUAUCAAAAAUGAAGUUAACAGGACUUUUCCCGACUUGGAUACAAUAGGGGUUCGGAUCCCCAAGGCAAGCGUUGAGUUUCCCAAAUCAGGUAAACCGAGAAAGGUCCUUGUGAACAACUUCAGCGCGGCUGGAGGAAAUACGACUGUUUUGAUUGAAGAGCCACCGUCACAAGUUAUCCGUUCGACCACCGGUCCAUUCACGCUUCAUGCGGUGGCUGUCUCCGGCCACACCGAGUCUGCGCUAAGAAAGAAUACCGAACGACUGCUUGAAUAUCUGUCCAGCAACCCUAGUACCCGGCUGUGUGACUUAGCAUACACUACUACGGUCCGUCGCCAGCAUCACCGCUUCCGAGUUGCUGUCGCAGCAAGGUCAGUCGAUCACGUCCGAGCAGCUCUGGAAAGCAAAAUGGCCUCGCCUUCAAAUAUCUUCCGCCCCAAGCGGGAGCACCAGGGGCGUGCUGUAUUUGUUUUUACAGGUCAGGGCCCUGCUUACCCAGGGAUCGCUCGUGCGCUAUACACCGAUUCUGGCCAGUUUCGAGCGGAUCUGGGCUAUUUUGAUUCCAUAGCCAGACGUCAAGGCUUUCCCAGCUUCAUGCCACUGAUCGAUGGAAGCUCGGGUGAACUUGAUUCGCUUUCAACAGUCCAAGUACAAGUUGGCCUGUUCUGUAUCCAAGUGGCUUUGGCCCGGCUGUGGUGGUCAUGGGGGGUGCAACCUGCGAUGGUGGUCGGCCAUAGCCUAGGUGAAUAUGCGGCACUGCAUAUUGCCGGGGUGCUCUCGGUGGCUGACGCUAUCUUUUUAGCCGGCCAUCGGGCAACGCUGAUGGAGGAGAAGUGCAAGAAGAACACCCAUUCGAUGCUAGCUGUGGCAGAAUCGCCCUCGCGAAUCCCGCGGUUGCCGGACGGAUGUACUGGGCGUGUGGAGGUUGCAUGUCUCAACAGUCCCCAGGAGACAGUGUUCUCCGGUGAAAAUGAAGCUAUUGGUCUGUUAGAGGAUGCUCUGUCCUCAGCGAACAUUCGCUGUAAGCGGCUUCCGCUCCAUUACGCAUUCCACUCCUCCCAGAUCGACCCAAUCCUUGAGGGUUUUGAGCAGAUUGCAAAGAAAGUUCACAUGAAGCCUGUUCAAAUACCUAUCAUCAGCACCGUCAACGGACGGCCGCUUAAAGUUACUGACAAGAUUGAUGUUUCUUAUCUGAUUCGGCACUCUCGACGGGCAGUCCAAUUCUCAACAGCGUUGGAGGCAGCUCGAGAAGAAGGCACAUUGAACGUAUCAAGCGUGUUUCUGGAACUGGGGCCCCAUCCAGUAUGCAUCAGCAUGGUCCGUGCUACGCUCGGAAGCGAAUCAGUAGCAGCCUGCGUAUCCACAUUAGAGAGAACAAAAAGCCCAUGGGACGUGGCGGCCACCAGUCUAUGCCGAUUGCAUGAAUGCGGAUUCAACAUUGACUGGGCCGCGUUCUAUCGUGAGUUUGAGCCGGGCUAUUCUCUCCUUCAUCUUCCGUCAUAUGCAUUCGAUAACAAGAACUACUGGAUUGACUAUCGCAAUGACUGGUCACUGAGAAAGGGCGAUCCACCCUCCACAAUUUUACCCCCGGAAGAAGACACGAGGCAACAGAGAUUGACCUCAUCAGUUCAUCGAGUGGUUAAGCGGGAAGGUCUCUCUUCGUUGGAGGAAGAUAUUACGUACGAAACCGACCUCUGGGAUACGCAGUUGCACACAGCCCUCUGUGGCCAUCGCGUCAAUAGAUGUGCCCUCUGUCCCUCUUCCGUCUACGCUGACAUGGCCUUGAGUGUUGCUCAACACGCCAUUGGUGAUGUUGGUUCUAGUGAUGACUACGUUUGUCGUGUUAUGGAUAUGGCUGUCACCCAGCCUCUAAUCAUUAUGCCUAAGGGAGAAAAUAGGGUUCUAAGAAUUCACGCUCGCCAUAACGCCGAGAAAAAGGCGAUAAGAGUUACGUACGAAUCGACUUCGGAACGCGAAGAGAAACGAACAACCCAUGCAACCUGCACUGUGGAGUACGGCCUUGACAAUAAGUCGUCUCAACGCUGGACUCGGAGCCUACAUCUCGUUCAAAGCCGUAUGUGUGAACUAGAGGCUCUGGUGAACCAAGGGAAAGCCAGUAAGCUCUCCAAUGGUCUGGCCUACAGAUUGUUCCAGAGUCUCGUUGACUACACGGCGAACUACCGGAGGAUGGAGGGAAUUCUCUUCGCAAGCCAAUCCCUGGAAGCGUCUGCUAUGGUUCGACUGGACCGCCGGAAGUGCGAUGAGGGGUUUGUGUGCAGUCCGUACUGGAUCGACUCCCUUUGCCAUAUAUCGGGUUUUGUGAUGAACGCAAACGACACUAUUAACACGCAAGAGAUCGUGUAUAUCUCCCACGGCUGGGAAAGCAUGUGGUUCCGCAUGCCAUUGACUCCUGACACGGCCUAUCGGACGUAUGUUAAGAUGUGCCACGUGGAGAAAUCAGUUGUGAGUGGUGAUGUCUGGAUCCUGCAUGAGGGAGAGGUUGCGGGUGUCGUGGAGGGCCUGCAAUUUCAACGCAUCCCCAGGUCUGUACUAGACAUCCUCCUACCGAAAGCUACUUGCACACCAGCAGAUAAGCAGGUCUCAGCGCCUUAUGGACCAAAUCCAGAAAUCAUCCCGGAGGCGUCGAAAGCCAUACCAGCCCCUGGCUCCAGCUGGAACACCAUCAAAUUCAAGCAUCUGAUAGCAGACGUGCUUGGUAUACCGGAGACUGAAAUUCGUCCUGACGACAGUCUCAGUGAACUUGGCAUGGAUUACCUCGCGUGUUCGACGCUGGCAUCCAAUUUGAUGGACUCCUUUGGAGUGGAGUUUUCCAAUAGUAAGAUGAUGGAAUGCACUACUAUCGGCCAGCUCAUGAAUUUGGCGUCUAAUUCGGGAGUACAUAUUUCGUUCACCCCGAGCAAUUCAGACGACCAGACAGACUCUUUAGAAGAGAGAACGCCCAUUACACCAUCAACUGAUACGCUCGACCAGUCUCUGCCAUGUCCAACGGACGGCGAUCGUCGCGAUGCUAUGAGUCUGAUCAUAUCAACCAUCGUUGAAGAAAGUGGUAUCCACGAGAGUGGCCUCGAUUCUGAUGUAGAGCUGGGUGAUCUCGGCAUAGAUUCACUGAUGAUACUUACAGUUGUGGGCAAACUGCGCGCGGUGGGACUUGACCUCCCGCUUGAUUUCUUUCAUAAGCAUAGGACCAUGGGCGAUGUUACACGAGCUUUGACUGGCCCUAGUGUGGUGGAAGCAGAGGGCAUAGCCAGGGACAGAAGUAACACGAACACAGCGGAAAGCUCACCGGCCUUGAAUGUUGCCAAGCUUAUCCCCAUCCAAGCUGGCCAUAAGCCUCGUCGACCGUUGAGGUUGUUCCUGUUUCCAGAUGGGUCUGGGUCCCCAGGAGCGUAUGUAAAACUUGGCGAUCUUCAUCCAGCAUUCGAGGUCUACGGAUUGGUGUGUCCAUUUAUCAACGAUCCCGACAGUUGCACCUGUGGGAUUGAAGAUUUAGUACGGAAGUACCUCGAGACGGUUAGAAAGGAGCAGCCUGCAGGGCCUUAUUAUCUCGGAGGCUGGUCAGUAGGGGGGGUGCUUGCGUUUGAGGCCGCAAAGCAACUUCAUGCCACUGGCCAAGAGAUUCGCCUCUUAAUACUGCUUGAUGCGCCGUGCCCUGCGGUUAUUCCUCCGAUGCCGACAAGCUUUAUUGAUCAUCUGGAGGCUGUCGGGGUUUUGCCUUCUACAAAGCUGAAAAACGACGACCAGCGUCGGCGUGUCAUGAGGAAUUUUAACAAGACGGUCAACCAGUUGUCACGCUACAAGCCCAAGAGCUUUAUGCAAUCUGAAGAGCUUCUGCAUACAGUUAUCGUCUGUGCUAAAGACGGUGUUUCCCCGACAUCCGCAAGUCGAGCUAAUGAAGCUCAACCAGAUGGUUCGAUCCAGCGCUGGAUUCUCGAAAAUCGGACCGAUUUUUGUCCGUCUGGUUGGGAAGAGCUGCUACCGCGUGCCAGAAUAGCUGUUACACCCGUUAGUGGCAAUCACUUCUCAAUGAUGGAGUCGCCCAAUUUGCGCCCAAGUGUUUCUCGACAGACAUGGAAGACGAGCUCUGAGACACCUUGGUUAAUACGGCCCAAUUCUCCCUUUGUGCCGAUCGCGAACUCUAGCCGCGUCGACAAUAUGGCUGGCGAUACGACGCUCCUGGAACUGCAUGAGACCAGAUUCAGACUCCGGAAAACACACGAGAAAUCUAGGAACGGUUGCCUCAGAUGUAAACAACAGCGGAAGAAGUGCGAUGAGUUGAGACCGAGCUGCUCCAGAUGUACCAAGCGCAUGUAUACAUGUCGGUACCAGAACCCUUCCAGUGAUGGCAACUUGUCAAAGGAGCAGGGAUCGGCUCAACUCCCUGUCCCCAGUUUGCCUGUUUCCCCCACAAUUCCCAGUACUGCAGUCCCAAACUCUGUGUCGCCCUUAGCACUUCUGAGUGAUCAGUCCUCGGUUUCCAGUCCUUUGUCUGGUGGACAACGUGCUUCCUUUUCAAGUCUGAGUACGGAUGAAGAAAGACCCCCCUUCGAUAGGCAUACUCCUGGUACUCUUGAUACGAUAGAACUCGGUCUCUUGAGCCACUACCUCACGCACACCAGCCGAACUAUACCUGUCGACGAUCUCGAUCUCUACGCUCUUUCGGUAGGGGUGCCAAAUCUCGCUUUUAGCUCCGAUGUGGUCAUGUCAUCCUUGUUAGCCCUGGCAGCAGCAUGCAAGUCGCACGAUAUAGCUAAACGAGCCCAAGCGCUUCCGGACCCCCAGAGCCUAAUGGAUAUUCGAAAUCUACUUGCGCUUGCGGAGCGCCAUCACCAGGCUUCCCUCCGGCACAUACAAGCGACCAUGCAGAACUCGGAUUCGUACGAUCACGUUCUUGCAAACGCAGCAUUGAUGGUCUUGUACGCCUCUGCUAGCCACUCCAUCCGAGUGCACUUGGCAGCCGCUGCAAAAAAGUGUAGGCACAGGCUACCAAAUGAGGUGCUUCCGCAACACUCACAAUGGAUCUCGUUCACACGCGCUGCCCAUACUGCGUCUACUGCAAUUCUCAACGGUCUUGUGGCCGCAGCAGAUGAAAUUGGUACCGCCAACUCCAGCCCGAUCCCAGUUGCACGAUCAAAAUUACCGAACCCGGGUUUUUGUAGCUCAGAUGGCUUAUCACCAGAGGAUGGUCCAUCCGAGAACACGAAGCGCGUAUUUCUGCCUCUAGUCGCAUCAACAUUUAAUCGAGCUCUUGAGAGUCUUUGCAGGAGAGCUGAAUUGACAACCGCUCUUUUGAAAAGGUCAGAGCUUUUUGCAGCCGACUACCAGCAGCUACAGGCAUGCUUGGAAACUGUAUCUGUACUUGAGAGAUGUGCAUGCGCAGCUCUAUCCACAAGAGAAGGUAGCACAAGCGUCGAGCCACCAAAAUAUCAGCCAAUAUCAUGUGGGGAAUUAUCUGGAGUCUCACCAUGGGUGGCAAGAUACAUGAUCAGUGUCACUUCGAUGGAGUCGCCGCAGGUACUCCGACGGAUCAUCAUGUCUUUUCUGAACAAAGCACCUGCUGAGUAUCUUAAUCUCGUCCAGUCAGUGCUUGAUUCCCCCUCCGCGGAGGCGAGAGCUGAGAAUUGGAUGACACGAGACUCACCUGGCACGGAGGUGCCGCUGCUCGACGCGACACAUUUACUAGCAAUGGACAUCUUUGCCCAUUGGCUGGUCCUUGUUAUGUUGUUGGAUGGCGUCUGGUGGAUUAGUGAUAUUGGAGAGUGGGAGCUUGGCCAGGUUGUAUCAUUAAUGAAGACUCAGGAUCUGCCGAGCCAGUCAGCAGAUAUUGGACAAACGUGGUGGCCCGAGACCAUGUACUUAGUUAAGCGGGAGCUCACUCCCAGUGUCUAG